CGCGGCGGCCGGGGAAGGAGACGCUGCCCUUCCGCGGCGAUGGGGUCCCGGCCACGUGGGAGCGACUUCUGGUAUGUGCGUCCCUGUGCUCCCGGGGCCUGGACGGUGCCCGGGACCCAGCCAGCGGCGAGGUGAAGGCCAUCUCCUUGGACCAGCUCUAGGCCCUGAGGGCUGUCGCCUGGGGCGCUGGACCGGCCAUGGAGUUCCGGCGGACAGAGGGCAUGUCCAUGAUCCAGGCCCUGGCCAUGACGGUGGCCGAGAUCCCUGUGUUUCUGUACACGACGUUUGGGCAGUCCGCCUUCUCCCAGCUGCGGCUGACGCCGGGCCUGCGGAAGGUCCUCUUCGCCACAGCCCUGGGGACCGUGGCCUUGGCCCUGGCCGCCCACCAGCUGAAGAGGCGGCGGCGGCGGAAGAAGCAAGUGGGCCCCGAGCUGAGAGGCGAGCAGCUGGGCACGGUGCCCCUGCCCGUCCUCAUGGCCAGGAAGAUGCCCUCAGGGAAGAGAGGCGGCUCCGGCCGGAGGGUGCAGAGCCCCGGCAGCAAGAGCAACGACACGCUCAGCGGCAUCUCCUCCAUCGAGCCCAGCCGGCGCUCCGGCUCCUCCCACAGCCUGGCCUCGGUGGCGGCCGUGAACUCAUCCAGCCCCACGUGUCUGGGGCCAUGGGACACCAGAGGGGUGGAGGAGUCCGUGAGCACGAGCGAUGGCCACGCCGAGAGCCUCUACAUGCAAGGCAUGGAGCUGUUCGAGGAGGCCCUGCAGAAGUGGGAGCAGGCGCUGAGCGUGGGCCAGAGAGGGGACGGCGGCAGUACCCCCACGCCCGGGGACGGCCUACGGGACCCCGAGACUGCGUCGGCAGCGCCGUCGGAGCCGGAGUCGCAGCACCGGGAGUUCGCCGAGAAGCUGGAGUCGCUGCUGCACCGGGCCUACCACCUGCAGGAGGAGUUCGGCUCCACCUUCCCCUCGGACUGCGUGCUGCUGGACCUCGAGAGGACGCUCAUGCUGCCCCUGGCCGAGAGCUCGCUGCGGCUCCGGGCGGACGACGAGGACAGCCUGACCUCAGAGGAGUCCUUCUUCUCUGCCACAGAGGUGACUCGCGUGGGGGCGCUAGGGGCGGGGCCUGUGCAGCCGCGGCCGAGCGCUGGGCGUGGGAGCGUGACGUGA